GCGUUCAUAAUCAUCCGGGUUCUUUCAAGAGCGUCUCGGUGAGGAGGCGGGAAAUGGCGUCCCAAGAAGCAGUGGGAGAGGUAUGUGUCGUUCCGUGACUCAUACUGGACAGACGCGUGAAGGACAGAGACUUUUCUAGCGGUCUCCGUCGUAGUGGCUCCAUCCACAGCCACUGCAGGAUUGUACUGGUGUAACCCUUGGCGUUCUUACAUGUGACUUUUGGGACAAUGAGGCUGAGAGUGCGCAAAGCAUCUCAGCAGCCAAGCAGCACCCCACCACCUGCCCGUACCACCAAGGCCAAGAGGAAGCACUCUGAAGUGGAGCACACAAGGUCCUCCGGAGGAGCCACCAUGCAGAAGAGUGACACUGGCAUCUUCUCCACCAUCAAGAGAUUCAUCAGGGGUAAUGCUGUCAAGGUGGAGCAGUGUACCCCUCCGAAGAAGAGCCGUGUGGAUUGUGAUUCUGACAGUAACUUGAUCACAUCCACCCCACCCACUGGGAACCUGUCCAGCAGAGCUAACCCUAGAACUCGCAGAAAAGGACCUGCCAAUGGAGACACCAUGGCAUGUCAGAGUAAACUGGUGAAGCCUAAUGGGAAGUUGGAGGUGCAGACUGAAGCCCCCAGCAGUCCACCUCGCUCCACCCUACUAGGAACCAUCUUUUCUCCGGUUUUCAACUUCUUCUCACCAGCCAACAAAAAUGCUACGUCAGGCUCAGACUCCCCGGGGCAGGCAGUCGAGGCAGAGGAGAUUGUUAAGCAGCUGGACAUGGAACAGCUGGAGGAGACCCCUACUAGCACUACCACAGACAGUAGCAGAGACAUCACAUUUGACCCAGCACUAAAUCCAAGACCUCUGCUGCCUACAGAUGCAACUGAGGAAGAGGGGGAGAUUGUUACUGAGGCAGAUAUGCCACCAUUGACAGUGGUUGGAUCUAACAACAAUUACCCGGAUGUUCCAACCUCACCCCCUGCAGAGGGGACAUAUGAAGAAGACUGGGAGGUUUUUGAUCCCUAUUUCUUCAUUAAGCAUGUUCCACCAUUGACCGAGGAGCAGCUUACACGCAAGCCAGCACUUCCACUGAAGACCAGGAGUACUCCAGAGUUCUCUCUCGUCCUGGAUCUGGAUGAGACAUUGGUCCACUGCAGCCUGAAUGAGCUGGAGGAUGCAGCACUGACAUUUCCUGUGCUUUUUCAAGAUGUCAUUUACCAGGUGUAUGUACGGUUGCGGCCAUUCUUCAGAGAGUUUCUAGAGCGCAUGUCACAAAUCUAUGAGAUUAUUCUUUUUACUGCUUCCAAGAAAGUGUAUGCUGACAAGCUGUUGAACAUUCUGGAUCCUAAGAAACAGCUGGUUAGGCACAGAUUGUUUCGUGAGCAUUGCGUAUGCGUCCAAGGAAACUACAUCAAAGACCUUAACAUACUGGGGAGAGAUUUGUCCAAAACUAUAAUAAUUGACAACUCGCCUCAAGCCUUUGCAUACCAGCUGUCCAAUGGCAUCCCCAUUGAAAGCUGGUUUGUGGACAAGAAUGACAAUGAGCUCCUGAAGCUGGUCCCUUUCUUGGAGAAGCUGGUGGAAUUGAAUGAAGAUGUUCGGCCACACAUAAGAGAGAAGUUUCGCUUGCACGACCUCUUACCCCCUGAUUGAGGCAUCUGAUGCUUGCAGAUCCGUCUGACUGUUUUAGUAAAUUGGAUUUUUCAAAAAAUGGGGGGACAGAAAUGUACACAACUUUGUACUCUAAUGAGGAUUUCAACUACCAUUUUCCCAAUUAUGUUUUAUGUGGAAGUGGGGGUGGGUUGUCAAAUUUUAAAGGAAUGACUUUCGAGUAUGCAUACAUUUUAUAUAAACACGUGAAUAUAAUUGUAAUUGAAGGAAAGAUCAAAAUUUCUCAGCUUUGACUGCCUAGCCACUCUACAGAUAUUUGAAUGGCCUGGCAAUGGAGGAGACUCAAAGCAAGUUUCUGUUCCCUUUUUUUGCCUAAAUUGGACUUCAUGUAAAGUGCUGUGGAGAAGAGGACUGAUGUCACUUCUUUUGGUGCUCAAGGGGACACUCUGCCCUCACUAGCCAUCGAUCAUUCAACCUUUCGGAAUGGCCAGUUAAUUAUGGUUUCAUAAACAUAUAAAUAUAUACAUAUUCAGUUGUGUGUAUAUGUAUAUAUAACAUUUGUACAUAUGUAUUUUCCUGUCAGGUUUGUAAAACGUUCCUUUUGCUCUUGAGUUCAACAUGCAUUCCUUUUAGUUGGAAGGCUUGUUUGAUAGAUAUGCUGACUUUUUAUUGAUUUUUACUAUAGGUUUGAAGUUUUAUUUUUAAAUGGCUUCUCUUAUGCUUUGUUUUAUAAAUGCUUUUAGACUGGUUUAAAAAAAAAAAAAAGACAAGAAAAAGGCAUCCAGUCAUCUGUAAGAUGCGUAGCAUAAUGAUGGGAGUGGGGUGGGUGGGUGUCAUAAUAAUGUAAAUCACAAAACUGUCUUUACUGCCUCUUGUGUAUUAUUCGCUGAUAUGACAAAUGAAUCAAGGCAUUUGGUUUAUGACCGCUUUCACUUCGUAUGUUCUUUGGGGAGUUUUAAUGUUUUUAUUCAAUUGUUAGUUUGUUUUAUAUGCCAAGUAUAGGUAAAAUGUAAAAUGCUCUAUGUGCUUUUGAUUGCUUUUUCUGUGAAAAUAAUGCCUGGUCUCUUCAAGAAAUGUCUGGUAAAUGUAGCACCAGCACAUGGACUAGCCUGAUCGCUGCACAUGCGUCAUAUUCAGUGUUUUCUCUAGCCAAUUCAAUCUUGCUUUUGAACUCAGUCCACUGUUUUAGGAAUCAUGUACAAUUCUACCUCUCUUUGAAGGGUAGACCCUGCAUUUCAUUCAGUGUUACCCCAAUGUUUUUUUCUAUGGACAUUAAUACAUUAUUUUUAUGUAUCA